AUGGGAGUAGUUGAACAGGCUCACAAUGUUAAAGUUAUUGGGUCAGGCAAGACGACCGUGGUACUUGGUCAUGGUUUUGGCACUGAUCAAUCUGUUUGGAAACAUCUUGUUCCUUACUUAAUCGACAAUUAUCGUGUUGUUCUUUAUGACAACAUGGGCUCUGGUCCGACUAAUCCAGAUUAUUUCGAUUUUGAACGAUACGCUACUCUUGAAGGUUAUGCCUAUGAUUUACUUGCCAUUUUAGAGGAACUUCAAAUUGAUUCUUGCAUAUAUUUGGGACAUUCUCUGUCAUCCAUGACUGGUGUUGUUGCUUCCAUAUUUCGUCCUGAUCUCUUCUCCAAACUCAUCUUGCUUUCUGCUUCACCAAGGUUCAUAAAUUCAGAUGAAUACUAUGGAGGAUUCGAAAAGGAAGAUAUCGAUCAAUUAUGUCAAGCGAUGGAGUCGAACUACAAGUCAUGGAUCGAUGGUUUCGCGCCGCUAGUAAUUGGCGGCGACAUGGAUUCAGUGGCAGUACAAGAAUUCAGCAGAACCUUAUUCAACAUGAGACCAGAUAUCUCAUUAAGUGUCUUUCGUACUAUUUUUACGUUCGAUUUAAGGCAUUUUCUCUCUCGUGUUACGGUUCCUUGUCACAUUAUCCAGAGUUCCAAGGAUUUGGCCGUACCAGUGGCAGUUUCGGAAUAUAUUCACCGAAAUCUGGGUGGGAAGUCAAUUGUCGAAGUCAUCUCAACCGAAGGUCAUCUCCCGCAGCUGAGCGCACCGGAAGUCACUGUUCCGGUGCUGCUUCGCCAUAUUUCUCAUAAUAUUACUAUCGAUCAUCAACUUUCCCAGUAG